GGUACUAGCACUAUCUGUAUUUCCCAUUAUUGCUUUACUUUGGAAAAGACUUGACUUUAAUUCCUUUGAUGGAGAUCGCUACUUCUUCUUCAUCUUCAUCGUUCUUAAAAUCUGAACCCCACUUCAUAAACGACGUGUUCAUCAACUUUCGGGAAGAGGAAAUCAGUAGAAAGUUUGUUUGGCAUCUAAAAAAUGUUCUUUUACAAGCUCAAGUCAAAACUUUGGUUGAAGAGGAGAAUCUGCAGGAGAGAAUGAAGCUAGAAGAACACAUGGGAGCAAUAGCUUGCUCUAAGAUUGCAAUAAUUGUUUUCUCCGAAACGUACUCUGAAUCUGCCCUGUGUCUUCGAGAGCUUGAAAAAAUCAUUGAAUGCCACGAAACUUUCGGCCAAAUAGUUAUGCCCGUAUUUUACCAAGUUAACCCAUUCGAUGUAUGUACUAAAUGUGAUUUUGGAAAAGCGUUGGAAGAAGCUGCAGAGGAAAGCUAUUCAGAAGAACAGCUGAAACAUGCAUUAUCCAGGUGGAGCCAUGCACUCACCAAAGCUGCACUUAUCACUGGUUGGGAUGUCAAAGAUUUCAGGCAUGAUGGUGAACUUGUGGAGGUAAUUGUUAGCCGCAUUCAAACAUUACUGGACUAUAAAGACUUGUUUAUUACCCAAUUUCCUGUUGGAUUAGAGUCCCGUGUGGAAAAGGUGAUUGGAUGUAUUGAAAAUCAUUCCACCAAAGUGUGCAUGAUAGGGAUAUGGGGAAUGGGAGGAUCGGGUAAAACUACCAUAGCCAAAGCCAUAUACAAUCGAAUUUAUCGUAUAUUCAUUGGUAAGAGUUUCAUUGAAAAUAUCAGAGAAGUUUAUGAUGGAGUAAGUAGAAGCAACAUUCAUUUGCAAGAACAUCUUCUUUAUGAUGUCCUAAAAUCCAAGUUGCAGCUGGAAAGCAUUUCCUUGGGAAGAACUAAGAUCGAGAAUGAACUUUCUCGAAAAAGGUUGCUCAUUGUGCUUGAUGAUGUAAAUGAAUUUGACCAAUUAGACAGCCUAUUUGGAAAAGAUGAAUGGUUUGGUCAGGGAAGUGUAAUAAUCAUUACAACUAGAGAUGUACGACAUCUUAGGAGAAAUAACGUAGAUUAUGUUUAUAAGACAGAGGAAAUGAACGAAACUGAGUCCCUCGAGCUUUUUAGUUGGCACGCUUUUGGAGAAGAAAAACCAAUAGAGGACUUCAAUGAUGUUGCAAGAAAUGUAGUUGGUUAUUGUGGAGGACUACCUCUAGCUCUAGAGGUUCUUGGUUCUUACUUAAGUGAGAGGACAAAGAAGGAGUGGAAAAGUGUGUUUUCAAAACUAAAAAUAAUUCCAAAUACAAAAGUUCAAGAAAAAUUGAGAAUAAGUUUUGACGAUUUACGUGAUGAGGUGGAACAGGAAAUAUUUCUUGAUAUAUGUUGUUUCUUUAUUGGUAAAGAAAGAGGCUAUGUUACAGAGAUACUAAAUGGUUGUGGACUACGAGGUGAUAUUGAAAUAAGAGUUCUCAUAGAGCGGGCUCUCAUUAGCGUUGAAAGGAACAACAAACUUGGAAUGCAUCCUUUGCUACGAGACAUGGGAAGAGAAAUUAUUCGUGAAAGAUGGCCAGUGGAAACAGAGAACAGGAGUCGAUUAUGGUUUGAUGAUGAUGUAAAACAUAUACUGACAAACAAUACUGGGACAGAAGCUACCGAGGGAUUAUCCCUGAAACUGCAUUCAACCAGCACAGAUUGCUUCAAAACUCGUGCUUUCAAGGAAAUGAAGAGAUUGAGAUUUCUACAAUUGGAUAAUGUACAACUUGCUGGAGAAUAUGGUUAUCUUUCUAAACAGUUGAGAUGGAUUUGUUGGCAAGGGUUUCCUUUUAAAUACAUUCCAAACAACUUUCAUAUGAAAAGUGUAAUUGCAAUUGAUUUAAAACAUAGUUAUCUUCACCUCGUCUGGAAAAAAGCCCAGAUUUUAGAGUGGCUAAAAAUCCUUGAUCUUAGUCACUCUAUGUACUUGAGAGAAACACCUGACUUUUCCAGAUUACCAAGUCUUGAACAACUCAUUCUAGAAGAUUGCCCAAGUUUGUGCAAGGUACACCCAUCCAUUGGAGAUCUCGGCAAUCUGCAAUUGAUAAAUUUAAAGGACUGUACAAGUCUAAGCAAUCUCCCCAGAGAGGUAUACAAGCUAAAAUCUUUAACAACUUUUGUCCUUUCUGGUUGUUUGAAGAUUGACAUAUUGGAAGAAGAUAUAGCGCAAAUGGAAUCCUUGAUAAUACUAGUUGCAGAAAAUACUGCUGUAAAACAAAUUCCAUUUUCAAUUGUAAGCUCACAAAGCACAGGAUAUAUAUUCCCAGAAGGAUUUGAAUCUGAAAUUUCUCACUUUAUCAUUCAAUCUUGGAUGUCACCAACAUUGAAUCCCCACUCUUCUUGCCUGUAUUGGAUGGAAAUAGAGGAUUAUAAUUGGCAUGUGCAUGGGCCAUUGCAUACCGGCCUUGCAAAUCUUCGAAGUAUUUUGGUUAAAUGUGACACUGAGUUUAAACUAUCUUUUCUAGUGAAAUCAAUUGUUGUCGAAUAUGGUGUAAAUUUUACAGAAUCAAGAAUUUCAAACCAGCGCUUGAGGAGGUUUUCUUUGAUUGGUGUCGGAAGAUAUAAUGAAUUCCUCAAUACACUCAGCACUAGAGUUUCUGAGGAAUUGGCAAGCAGUGAGUCUUGUGAAUUCUCUGUUCCAGGAGACAACCAUCCUUAUUGGUUUGCCCAUAUGGGUAAUGGAUAUUCUGUUUCUUUCACCGUGCCUCAGGAUUGUGACAUCAAGGGAAUGAUUUUGUGUUUUGUUUAUUUAUCAACCCCUGUAAUCAUAGCAACCGAAUGUGUUACAAGUGUCUUAAUAGUUAAUUACACAAAGUGCACACUACACAUGCACAACCAUGACACAGUAAAUUCCCUUAAUGAUGAAGAUUGGCGUGGCAUAAUAUCAAAUUUAGGACCUGGAGACAAGGUGGAGAUUUUUUUGACUUUUGGUCAUGGAUUGGUGGUCAAGAACACAGCUGUGUAUCUUAUAUAUGGUGAAUCAAAUGACAUGGAAAUAGAGCCUUGCCGAGCCAAAGGAAAAUGCUCUGCAUAAAUUCAUUACGAAUAUGGGAAGGUGUUAUUUCUUCUAAGUUGUUUUUCUUCAUUGACAACAGGACAUGAUCCCUAGAGUUAUAGAACUAAAUCCUAUCCAUGCUUAUAAUUUAUUUCUUUGAAUCGUUUUCUUGUUUCUGUUGAGUAGAAGUUUAUAUUGUUAUGAAAUUCAAUGUUUAUUUUACCUUGUUUCUUAGUUUUAUGCUGUAUUUUGGAAUUCAAUUUGAGUGGAUCAUAUUUCCUUAGCCACUGUAUACACAUUUGAAGC